GCCAUUUUUCAGUCACAGUCUCUGCUCAGUUAUUUUCGCCUCCGCUGAACGCCUCACUCUCCGUGUUAUGCUCACUGAUACAUCGCGCUGAAAACGCACAAAUUUAGUUCUCAACCAAUAACGAUACAACUGCUACCACAAGACGACGUAAUGUCGACAGUCGGGAAAUUCUACGCCCGUGAACUUACGACUUACCCGAUCUUCGUAGAGAUUAGGCCUAACCUAGGCGGCCUACAAGCUGCCUACAAUGGAAAACCACGUGACCGCAUGACGUUGUCAUGACAACCACAGCGGCGUUGCAUAAACCAGCGACAGCGGGUUUACAUGCGAUGAGCUUUCUUACGGAGGAGAAAGGCACGUAAGUUUACUACUGAUUAUAUUGUAAUGCCAAUGGAAGACGACAUAGAUGCUCUUCUGGACGAUGUCGAAGCAAAGUACUGUGAACACAUUCGCCAGCAAGCAUCUGCGCCUACAGCUGGAACUUCUUCUGAUGACAGCAUUGAAGAAGCUAUAAAUGAAAUAUGCAGAGUCCCGGGGUUGAACGUUCCCGAGAGUGAUCUCACCAAAAGUAAGCUAAACGGUCGCAAAGAUAUCCAGUGUUAUAUGGUCUACCUUGGCGGCACGGAUGUCGUCUUUGGCGUGUCGACGAGUGCAUCAAGGAGGGCCUGCAGUCAUAUUCACUGCUGCAAGUGCGACUUCCAAGUUGCUGUAUUCGAAGAUUUUGUCUGGGGCGAGACAACAGACUAUCUGUUCUUCAGGAACACUUUUCCCGACGUAAAGAAACUUCGCUCAAGGCUUGUCCGGAAACUUGGUUGGCGGGCCUAUUGCUGUCAGUGCCACUGGCGCUCCGUGGUAGAACUUGAAUCCGCUCAACAACGGAGGCUUCCUUGGAUGUGUGCUCGCCAUUAGGGGAAAACCGUACCAGACGUUGCAGGAAAGAUUUAGUCUACAGUUGCCCCAGGACUGGCGCCCAAGGUUCACUUGUGCACGCCCUUUUUAUUUACUGCGAGUUAAUGCAUGUUUCUCAUUACCCUCACACAUAAUGCUAGAUCUUUGAGAAAGUGAGCCUAUGCCAAGGGGACAGAUGGAACCCUAGUAUUGAGGCAGUAUAUGAAUUAUAGGCAUUAAAUUAGGGCAGGUAUUGCAAAAAAAUAAAGAUAGGAAUAAAGCAUUUUAUCCAGGUAUCAACGACACAAUAUUCGCAUUUUUCUUUAUAGUUAACUUUAUUUUUAAAGAUUGCCCAAGGCUAUCUGCUAAUAGUAGGUAGUUUCCAUAUAAACAGAUUUGAAAGAACCAAAAUGAAUUGGUAUGUUGUGUUUCAGGAAUUUUUACUGGACCAAAUAAAGCAUUAGAAAACCACAGUUCU